CUGGGCCAGGAGAAGAGUCAUGGCACUGGGACAAAGCAGUCCGCAACUCGGAGGCAGAGAAGGGGACAUUAUAAGACUCCCCUCCUGUGGAAGAAAAAUUUAUGCCGAGAGAUUCCAUUCUCUGGUGGUGACGUGCGCCCAGGGCUGCAGGAUACCUCCGGGAAACACUGGCAAAGUGCUCUGCGAAGAGGUCGGCGACAGUCCUGAGGUCUGCCACCGUUCGCCCAGAAGACAACAAAACUGGUGGGGAAGGAGCAGAAUACUUCCCAACAAUUCGCGGACUUUGUUAAAGACAUCCGUAAGAGGAGUACGGGCGUUAAUGGAAGAGACAUAAGCUUUCCAAGAGGCUCUUUGUGCCUCUUUCAAAACGCAACGGGCUCGAGUUCGGCAGCGCCAAAAAGCGUCCAGACACUACAGGUCCCCACGAUGUCGCCGGAGACGAGAGAAAGCUGCCCAUUUCUCUUUCACCGCUUCAGUGCAUGCUGCGUUCCACCAAGGAACAGGACGCUUAGUAAAGCGACCGGACGUCCUAGGGAUUGUCUGAAGUGCUACUGAAUGUAUAAAAUCGGCAAAAUAAUCAACAGCCUCAGUACAAGUAGAAAAGUCAGCCAACGGACGGAUAAAAGAGCUAAGGACUAAUGGACAAGUCUAUUGAGAAAAAAUGACUACAUGAAAGGUGAAGAGACUGCAGAAGUUAUAUUUUAAUUAAAGAAAAAGAAAUGAAAACUGCCAGUGAGUCAUCAAAAAGAUGACAGCUUCUGGGAGACAUCAGUGUGAAAUACGGUUACGCAAUAGUUUUCAUCAUGCCAGAAGUUCAGAGACAGUGUGACGUGUGAGUGUGCAUGAAUAUCUGGCCAACACUUCUGACUCUACUGACGCUGUUUUUAAGUCUCUUGACCCCUUCAGUAUUGGGAGGCAUUUUUACCAAGAAGUUUAUUAAUGAUUAGACUAUUUCAUUUACAUUAGGAACAGUUUAUCGAGGUCAGAAGAUUAAUGACCAGAGUCGUCACUAUUUUUAUUCGCCACAUAAGUUUCUGGCGACAUGUAAAUUUGCCAAAUAGUAAGUAAAAUUAAUAUGAGAACGCGUCUUAGCACUAAAGAAGUUAAAAAGUUUAUAUAUCUUGGUUUUAAGUUGAAUAACACAACUAUGUGCCAAGAGUUUUGGCUUAUUUAUAGUCAGUGGCGAUGAUUGCGCCAACAGCUCAGUCUUUCCUUGUUAACCAUGGCGAGCACACUGGACACUCAGGAAUUUUGGAGGGAGUUCAUCCAAGUAUACAGAGAUUUUCCUGCUUUGUGGAAAGUAAAAAGUGACGAGUACAAGAACAGAAGCUUAAAAAGUGAAUGCUACGUGAAAUUAAUUGACAAAAUCAGAGAAAUUGACCCAAAUGCCACUCGUGCCACAGUAACCAAGAAAAUAAAUAGUUUAUGUUCCAACUAUCGUCGAGAACUGAAGAAGGUGAUGAACAGUGUGAAGUCCGGUGCUGGGUCAGAUGAUGUUUACAAACCUUCACUGUGGUACUUCGAUGAGCUCGCAUUCCUUCGCGACCAAGAAUUGCAGCAAGGAGUGUCAAGUCUGGAGUUGGGGAAGAAGAUGGUAAUGAGGGGGAUCAAUAGAUCAUACUUCUUAGCAGACGAAGUAGCAUUACGAGAACAUGUUGGUGCCUGCGUCCUACUCACAUCGUCUACACCAAAUCCGGAGCCGUCCACAUCUGCCACAGAGUCACAGGAAGUAUAUUCUCAUACCUCAAAGAGGAAAAAGAAAUGUGAUAUGGAAAGUAAACGUUACGAAGCACUUUCCCUUGCUUGUGCACACCUUCAACAGAGUAACGACUCCAUUGAUACACUAGCAAGGAGCUGGGCUCAAGAAUUCUGGAAUGUGACUGCAGAACAGCAAAUAUAUGCAAGGAAGACUAUUAAUGAUAUUCUCUUUGAGGCUCGUUUAGGCACAUUGCACAGACAUAGCGUGAAAAUUAAUGAAAAUUCUGAUGUUCACACUAGAUCUUCCACGCCUUUUUGUGAUCUUUCAUCCGAGAGCAAUUCAAAUACCAGUGGACUUAGCACUACUCAGGGGAAUAUUGUCACUAAUGCAGAUGUGGAAGGAGUGCGUGUUUACAGAACGGUGGCAGACCUUCUUAGUGAUCCCCAUUACAGCUUAUAAAAUAACAUACAUUAUGGCACAUUGGUGGUGGAAAUAAGUAUGUAGGCUUAUUGUUUAUUUUUCGUAAGCAAUCAAUCAAGUUCAUUUUCACAGUAGGUAAUUAACUUACGUAACAGGUCAAAGUUAGUAUAUAUAAAUUUUUUUCUCAAAUAGUCUUAAAACAAUGUUAUGAUAC